AUUUUUAGUUUUAAACAUCUAUUACGGCGUGACAGUUCGUCUAACUAUAUUAUACCGAGUCUGUGACAAUUGCUUAAAAUGGAGUUACUUCCAGACGAACUAUUUGAAAAUGUUUGUCGAUACUUAUCGCCGUGCGACAUCGCAUCAAUGAUGCUAGUUGAUAGUUACGCAAAAACGAUAAUUGAACAUUCACCUGCUCUUAUGUAUAAGUUACCGCUGUAUGUAACGGAUAUGAGUGAUUUUAGCCGUGAAUUUGAGCGUGAGUUAGAACCAUUAAUGUAUUCGAGGCGGAAAGUCCGUAGAGUGAUCGUUCGGCUGAAGAAUGAGAAAAUUAUGAAAUAUUUGGGAAUAUUUCAGAAAUUCGGGAACACAAUAACGAGCUUGGAAAUUGCCGACUACACAUUUGAAACAAUCGAUCAGUUGAGGAUCAUCCUUCGCUUUUUACUGAAACUGAAAACUCUGACAGUGACAAACGUAACAUUUCAACGAGCCGAAAAUAAAAUUUUAAAUUCAAUCGUCCAAGUUCCUAAGCUCUCUUUACGUGAACUGCGCAACAUUUUUUCCUCAAAUUCCGAUCCAAAAAUAUUUUCAUUGUUUGACAUCAAUGAAGAUACACAGCUGAGAGCGAUAAGAUUGGAAGUGUCUGACUCAUCCAAUUUCCAGUAUAACGAUUUUAUUGCGACACUCAAACAGCAGACCAAAUUAAAAGAGUUGAAACUGAAAGGAAUCGCUGAUAACUGUGACAUUUUUUACCAUGGCCAUUUGGCGGUUAGUCAACUCGAUCUACUUGAGAUAGAAAAUUGUGUCGUCAGCGAUAUUAAUCAGAAGAAAAUUUUGGUGGACAUGGUCAAGCAACAACGAAAAUUAAAGCUACUGAAGAUACUAAACACUCCGAUUCGAACAUCAUCUGACAUCAUGUGCACCUAUCGACAAAUCUUGGCCCAUGACAUUAAUGAACUGCAUUUGGAUAUCCGAGACCUUUUGAUCUUCCAUCGUCAUAACUUCGUCAAUAGGACAGUCACCCAAUUGAUCGUCCACGGGAAUUUCGCAUUCGAAAAUCUACCCGUUUUCGUUAAUUUCAUCAAAAUGUUUCCCAAUGUUGUGCGGCUGUGCCUCGUCGGUGGAACACCCAUCGGAGAAAAAUAUUUAUUCGACAUACUCUCCACGUUAUGUAAACUGGAAGAGUUGCAUAUACCCGGUUUUACAUCUCGAGCUGCAGAUUCAAAUUUUUCCAAUCUCCAAACACUUGAUUGCAUACUUCACACAUUGGUUCUCGAUUUUAUCGAUUUUGAUAUAAAAUUUUUCGGCUGGAAGAACAUUGUCUCGAAUCUGAGGUCAAUCACAAAGCUUGUUGUCAAACGGGACUACGGUAAAGUUUCAAAUGAAAUAAUUGACCUGAUUAUCAAAAAUCUCCGGCUUCAACAUCUCGAACUUGGUAUUGGUGUGGUGUCGGAGAAAAUUUUACAGAACAUCGUCAACAACAAUUACUGCAAUCGACUGAAAGUGCUGAAAAUUGCGAAAAUCGAUUUUGAUAAAAUUGGGGAAAAUUUUGAUUUUUCGCGAAUCUUUGCCAAAAAUCAUCUGUUGCUGCACUUGUGCGAGAAUGAGUAUUUUGAGCGAGCGAUCGUCUUUGAAAUAGAACUUUUAUUUAAUGUGAUCAUAAAACGUUUCUCAUUUUUGACAAAUUUCAUAAGUUCAAUCCACAUUAACUUAUGUUUCUUAGAGUUAACGUCAAGUACUUCAGAUUUGGCAUUUACAUAGUAUCCCACAGUACUUUCAUGCUGACACAAUUUAUGUGAAUAAUGUAGAGAGAUGUCAACAGAUGGCGUUGUUUCCUCACGCUGGUGCAGACUGCAUCUGUUAUCAACUCUUUGAAAUAAUGUUUGUGGGCUGAACAGAAAC